AACUCAUCACUUCUUCAUAAGUUUCUUCACUUCUUCUAGUUCCGCUGUCACUGCGCUUCUUCCCUGGCUAGUCUGUCCACGCCGCUGCUUCCUUGUUUCUCUCCGCACGGCAUUUACCAGAGCGCCCGACUGUAAGCAAAAGCAAAUGAUAAUCUGAGAUGUCGAAAUUCACAUGGAGGAUUGAAAACUACUCGCAAUUGGAUGCCAAAUAUCUCGUUUUUGUUGUCAAUGGUAACAAGUGGAUGUUGCGUCUUUAUAAAAAGGACGCGAUCUAGAUCAACAUUUGUCUCUGUACCUUCGUGUGGCCGAUUCAUAUAACUUACAGGCAGAAUGGGGAAUGCCCACAAAGUUCACCAUAUCUAUUAUUAACCAGAUACACCCCAACAAAACCAUCAAGAUGGAAUGUGAACAGACUUUCGAUUCUCAAGAAUGUAGUUGGGGCUGGUCAAGAUUUAUCGAGCUUAGUAGAUUUCAUGAUGAAAGCGGAGGGUAUCUUGUUAAUGACACAUGCUUGAUUGAAACUGAAGUUUAUGUUUCUUCAGCUUCCUCGGAUAAAGAUUCGAAUUCUUCGGUUGCUAUUGGUCUUGUGGAACCUGUGUUCAUCGCUGCUCAAUCAUUUCUUGAAUCAUUGCCCAAGGCACCAUCCAGCUCGGCGUCUAAUUCUCCAACUUGUGGAAUGCCUUUGUUUAAAGGACACACAACUUUUGCGAAAGAAAUCCUCACCAUGCUAAUAUCAUACCGUUUGGAUGACUUUGCCGAUCCCAAGAAUGAGUCGGCAAUGAUGGAUCUCAUUUCUUUGCUUGCCAACAACAUAUCUGCGUUUAGUGAAGUGCAGGCCAAAGAAAUUCUGAACUUGAAAGCUACUUUUCCUCGAAUAUUGAAAGAUUGGAGAUGCUCGAGUCAAGUCAAGGGCACUUUUGAGGAGAGUAAAAGUGUGCUUCAAGAUUUAGUGAAAACAGAAGAGGGAAUAAAGACAGAACUGGAGGAGCUAAACAAGAAAGAAACAGAAUUGGAAGCGGAGUUGAAAGUCAUCGAAAGCAAGAGGCAGAUGCUCAAAGAGGAAAAAGAAAGAGUGUCAAAGCAGAUGAAGAUAGUUUGUUGUCUUGUUGAGGAGAAGGCUAGCAAUAUCGGAGCUCAAUAUUUGAAGGUGGACUGUGCAAAGUACCAAUGGCUGGAGCAGAGAUUGAAGUCAAAGUGGGCUUUAAUGAGACAUCUCUUUGCCUGAUAAUGAAAAGUGGGAUUUUCA